AAAUAAAAUUGAAUCCCACGUGUACCCAUUGCCUCUGAAGUCUGAAGUCAGUCAAGUUUGCUUUGUUUUGAUUCAUCAAAAACUAUUCGAACUCUUAAAACAUCGCCAACUGCAACUAUUAACCUCAGUUGCCGCUAAAGCCUCUCCAUUUUAGGUCCCAACCAGAGUGAAGACUGAUAACAAUGCUGCCACAGCACAUGAAGAAGGCCAUUACUGAUAAUCCAAAGAAGCUUGCCAACUUGAUUGACCUCGUAAAUCUUCCUUCAACACUCAGAGAGUUUGUGGGUCAGUCUCAGAUUUCUCGUCUGGGCUGUUUUAUGCGGGUUUGGUCCUACAUCAAGACCAACAAUCUCCAGGAUCCAAAAAACAAAAAUUUGGUCAACUGUGAUGAAAAGCUGAGGAGUAUUCUCUUAGGCAAGCAUCAGGUUGAGCUAGCUGAACUCCCUUCAUUGAUCAAAUUGCAUUUUCCCAAAGAGCCGAAGUAAGCUGUGCAAUCAAGGCUAAGGUGCCUAUCUUUGUUAUUCCUACAGAAUAUUCUCUUCAUGAAGUUUUAUUUUUUUAAUAUAGUUUUUGGCUGAUUCAUGUUGUACCAAGUUAAAUGGUGAGUAUUUGUACGUUUGAGUUUGUGACUGGCUUUGGAGUUAGCUUCUAUUGUAGUUACUCCGUGGCACUAAAAUGAUAAUCUAAGUAGUUAUUGUUGUAUUUUUCCA